CUCUCAUAACAUUUAUAAAAAGGCUUAUCAUAGAACUCAUUUGGCAAAUAUACUUUGCAUAGUUUAAUUGAAACAUUUCAAGUGAGAAGCUGUUGAGAGAAGAGAAAGAAAGAGAGGAAAAAAAAGUAUGGGAAAUAGUGGAGAAAUAGAAGAGGUGCAAUGGUUGUCUUCAGUUUCAUCCUCACCAACAAAACUGCCUUUAUUAUCUUUGAACCAUGUCUCUUUUGUCUGCAAAUCAGUACGCAAAUCUGUGAGGUUUUAUGAGGAAGUGUUGGGAUUUGUUCUCAUCAAACGACCUUCUUCUUUCAACUUUGAAGGAGCUUGGUUGUUCAACUAUGGAAUUGGCAUCCACUUGCUAGAAUCAGACAGUGUUCCAACAAAGAAAGAAAAAAUCAAUCCAAAAGACAACCAUAUUUCAUUCCAAUGCUCUGAUAUGAAGCUGGUGAUGCGAAAACUUGAAGACAUGAAUAUCAAGUAUGUGACAGCAGUGGUGGAAGAGGGUGGGGUUAAAGUAGAUCAGUUGUUCUUCCAUGACCCCGAUGGCUAUAUGGUUGAGAUUUGCAACUGUCAAAACCUUCCUGUUCUUCCAGUUUCCUCUUGCCCUCUCAAGCCACCCGAUUCUGGCUGGAAUAAUGCAGUUUCUUCUUUAUAUGGUGGGUUUUUUUAUACAUUAAUUCACUUUAUUUUAUUCUUAAAAAUGCCUAGAGAAGCUGAUUGUUUAACAUGUACUGAAAACUACAGGGAAGCGAAGCAGGGAGACAGCAUGUUCAGGAGUAGCGGCUCUGUUGAUGGAGUACCUGGUCAUUGACUUGUUGGACAUAUCAAUUUGACAUAUAAACAGAUAUCAAAGAUUGAUGGCGAUUUUUGGAGGAAAUAUGUUAUAAUAUCACAUGGACUGUUGCGUAGAACGUGACAAAAGACUGUAAUUUGAGUAAAACGUGGUUGUGAGUUUACACAACGGUGAUGAUUUUGUCUUGCAUUGGUUGUAUUUCAUUAAUAUUAUAUGUGUGAAUUCUUCUCUGUGAUUUUGUCUUGAAAAACAAUGCAUUGUCAAUGAAAGAAAUCCUAGUGCUUCGAGAGUUAUCAAUGGAUUCA